AUGGCGCCACAAGAACGUACAACUUGCUGCGAAGGUUCCCGCCAAGAAGAUAAUCUGGCGAACAUUGAUCUAAAUAAUGGAUUCAUUAACAAAGCUUUCACAAAUGACGUUACUGAUAAUGUAAAUACAAAAAAUAAUGCAGAAGGGCCCAAAGAUGCAAAAAAAGUCAAAGAUUUUGACGAUCUAUUGCCAUAUAUCGGUGAAUUUGGGUGGUAUCAAAAGAUUCUCUUCCUACUAAUGAUACCGUUCGCAUUUUUCGUAUCUAUAGUAUAUUUUUCACAAAUAUUCAUGACGAUUGUACCUGAACAACAUUGGUGCUGGAUACCUGAGCUCGCGAAUUUAACGGCAGAAGAAAGGCGAGCCUUAGCCAUCCCACCUAAAUCAGAUGGACCCUUUGCCCAUGACAGAUGUCAUAUGUACUCAGCGGACUUCUCACUGGCCUUGGAACAGGGUAGAACCACUCCUGAUGAUGAGUGGAAGAUCAUACCUUGUUCUCAUGGCUGGGAGUACAAUAGGAGCGAUGUACCAUAUGAAACAAUUGCGUCACAGCUUGACUGGGUUUGUGACAAAGACAAUUAUGCAGCGACUGCCCAAGCAAUAUUCUUCUGUGGUGCAAUUGUCGGAGGCUUGGUGUUUGGUUGGAUCGCUGAUAAGUAUGGAAGAAUACCAGCUUUAGUAGGUACAAACCUCGUUGGUUUUGCUGCCGGUGUUGCCACCGCCUUCUGCAACACCUUCUGGACCUUCACGCUGUGCAGAUUCCUCGUUGGCCUGGCGUUUGAUAACUGCUUCACCAUGAUGUAUAUUUUAGUUUUAGAAUACGUAGGACCAAAAUGGCGUACAUUUGUCGCCAAUAUGUCAAUAGCUAUUUUCUUCACGCUGGGCGCGAGUCUGCUGCCCUGGGUCGCUCUGUGGGCGGGUGACUGGCGUCGGUACGCUCUCUUCAUUAGCGCGCCCUUCAUCAUAGCGGCUGCUACACCUUGGGUUGUACCGGAAAGUGCCAGAUGGUUACUAUCACAGGGAAAAAUUGACAAGGCUCUAGUUAUAAUGAAAAAGUUUGAAAGAGUUAACAAAACUAAGAUUCCUGACAAAGUUUUAAAUGAAUUCACUGAAGCAACCCAACAAGCAAUCAAAGAAUCUGCUGCACACAAGUCAUAUUCAGUUCUGGACAUCUUCAAGACACCGAGAUUACGGAAGAACGCUUUAUUAUUGAUAGUCAUCUGGAUGGCAAUAUCUCUGGUCUUUGAUGGCCACGUACGGAAUGUCGGUUCUCUAGGACUCGAUAUUUUCCUGACCUUCACUAUCGCUACUGCUACCGAAUUCCCAGCGGACACAUUUCUAACUGUUGUACUUGAUAGAUGGGGUCGUCGCUGGCUUGCAUGUGGAUCGAUGGUAGUGAGCGGCAUCUUCAGUCUUUUGGCUACCGCGGUACCAAUUGGUGGUCCAUCAGCUUCCCUGGCGAUCCUUGGUCGGUUUGCGGUCAAUAUUUCCUACAACAUAGGACUUCAGUACGCCGCAGAAGUUCUCCCAACUGUAGUGAGAGCCCAGGGCGUGGCUCUCAUACAUAUUAUGGGAUACGUAGCGUCUAUUGUAGCACCGUUCGUAGUAUAUCUGGCCAACAUAUCUCCUGAUCUGCCUCUCUUGAUACUGGGUGUUUUGGGCAUCGUUGGUGGAGGUCUGUGUCUGCUACUGCCAGAGACUAUGGACACGGAGAUGCCACAAACCCUGGAAGAUGGAGAGAACUUUGGGAAGGACCAGCAGUUCUGGGACAACCCUUGCUUCCCGAGAAAAACUAAAGAAUCACCAGAGAAAUACAUACCCUCGCCUGUAAAGGAAGAUAAUUUCAUCAGGUCUUUACCAGCUUCUGGUUCCAGAGCAUCUGUGAGAGCGUCUAUCAGACUUUCAACAAGAUCCAGGAGAAAUGAGGAUAACGGAGUGUAA